CUCCAAGACUAGAGUGAGAAAUUGGGUUUGGAGUAGCCUGUCCACAGACCCUGAAAGUAGAGUCUCUAGUAGGCAGGGAGAUCAACCAUCCCCUGCACUGGAACACUGGCAGCUGGAUGAACAUGCCGGGGUGGACAUCAAGUGUAAGUCGGGCCUUUGGGCCUGUGUUCGAAGCCCUCAAUCUGUUUUUUUUUCAGGUAGACCCCCACCAUCCCACAUGUCUUCCUUACUCUUUCUUCACAGCCACUUGAAAAGCUGUUACCUUUUUUGCUCCGUUUGUGCCCUGCUGUUCUUCUUUUUGUCAUUUGUCUAGAGUUACCGCUCCCAGGAGUCCUUCCCUAACCAUACUUACUAGUGCCAAGUACUGGUUUGUGGAUACGCAGGCAGAUCCGCAGAGCCUGAUGCCAUGAGCAUGGUAGUGCAGCAUGUGGAGGAGAAAGCUGUGCACUCCUGGUCACGCAUCUCCACAGCAGGGAAGAAAGCCCUGGAAGAGGCGCUGCUGGUGUUUAACCCCAUGAGCCAGGAUCUCAGUGCCACAGAGGCCCAGCUUGUGGCCUUCCUACAGGGCCUGCGAGAUGAUGGCUUCCAGCCGACCAUUCUGCGAAGUGGUGAUGUCUAUGGCUAUAGCUCGUGCACAGCCAACCCCCCCAGCCAGACAAAGCUACAAGCUCGCACCACCAACCCAUCUGCCACAUCCCUUCCAGCCAGGGCUCCCCAAACUGCUGUGUCCUUACCUGCAAGAAAGGACACACUGCUCCCUGUGCCACUGUCUGGCAGGCUGGCUAAGGGGUCCACACCAGCCCUUGCCAAGCAUGCGACCACUAACCUGCUGCUGAGCUCCCUGAAGGAGUCAAAUGCCAGCCACACCAGUGGUACAACAGUAGGCUUCCCUGCCCACCUCUAUCCAGGGGUCUACCCUGCCAUGCGGCUCUCUGUGGUCCUUGAAGCACUGGUCCCACUCAAGACUCCUUGCUUGGGUGCUAAGCACGGGGCACAGUCACUGCAGCUGUCCCUUGCAAACUCUUCCCUGAAACUGAGGAAAGGUUCGGGGAACCCACAGUCCAAAGCAUCCAGAAAAAUCACAAGCAAGGGCCUCAAAUGCCUGAGUAGGAAAGGUCCUGGGGCUGACCAACGAGGUGCUGGGACCCAGAGCAGUGGCAUACGCAUGAAAGGGUGUUCUUCCUUGGGCACCAAAACAGUCCAGACCAAGGCAUCUCGAACACAGACCAAAGCUGCUCGUGCCCAUGCCAGUGGAGCUCGAACCCAGAACAAGACAGUAAGGGUGAGGGCCAAGGCAACAAAGGCCAAGCCCAGGGCAGUCGGAGCCAAGGCCAAGGCCAAGGCCACUGUAGUGAGGGACAAGGCUAAAGCCAAGGCAGUCAAGGCCAAGGCCAAAGCGUCUCGGACCAAGCACAGGGGAAGGCCAAAGGGAUCUGCUAAGACCAGAACCGGAAGGACAAGCCUGAAGAGCCGCUCUGAGACUGCGGGGAAGAAGAGGAAGAAGGCUGAGGAGGCAAAGGGCCUUCCUCCUAAGAAGAGAGCACGCCUUGUGCUCCCAUCCCCUAAGGCGUGCCUGGGGCCUGGAACAAAACCUUGCAAGUCCCAGACUAUAAAGGUAGACAGGAAGUCUUCAGAUGAUGAGGUCCGACAGUGGGCCCAGCAGCUCCUCCGUGUGAACCUCUCCCCAGUAGUGUGGCUCCAGCCGCUGGUGCCAUCUUGACUCCAUACUCAGCAUCCCGAGUCAUCCUUGCAUCACGGCUUGGGAAAACAGCUGAGCUCUCCGUGUGACCAGCAGCAGUGUGCCGUGCUCGUGGACUCUGCAGCUUUCCAGACUCUGGGUACCUCCAGGUACCUCAGGACUCUGGGUCACCAACCUCCUUUGAGAAACUGAGGAUUUGGGAUGGGGUGGGCAGCGGGAGGGUGUUCUCAUGGCUCAAUGCACUGUGACUUGUUCUUUAAGUUGUACGUCUGACGUUCCAUCUAUCAUGUUUUAUACCUUUC